CUGGCCUUGCAGACACUUCGCUCUGUAGCAUCCAAACCGACGCGUAAGCAGGCACAGCGGGUCAUUAGAGCGGCGGCAGCGGUGACGUAACUUAUUGCUCUAGAACUGCUAUAAUCGAAGUAUUAUUACCCUGAAUAUUAAGCCUUGCUAGAGUGACUGAUGUAUUACACCGGGUAAUUUUGUCACAAGAUUUUUUUUAGUUUGUUCAAUAACGAGGUUAAUUCGUGACAAAUUUUUUGUGACAGUGAUAAUUAUUCAUACUUAUGUCGACAAGCAUUGUGGAGCGUGCUUCUGGCUGGAAAUAAAUGUUAUUUAGCGUAUACCAACAAAUUAGAAGUGUGAUGCUUGAAAAAUUUCUGUCGUCGUUUCAUUUCUGUCGUCGUUUGAAUAAAAAAACCGUACAUUUUUCAGUAAAUUUAAUCUAUGGACUUGCGAUCAACUGAAAAUCAUGGCGAUGUCAUCUCUGGCUUUGUUGAGUUCGAAUGCCUCCGAUUUGGGAUGGACAAGCUUGUAUGCGACGCCAGAAAUUAAUAACAACCGAUUUCAUAAUGAUGAUUUAAGUCUCUUCCUUCUACAAAGACUCGAAGAAAACUUCGUUCCGCCCGCAGAAAGAACUCAUUCGAUGCUUCUUGUAUCCCGCAAUGGGACGAAUUCCGAAACUGAAGAGACAGACGUUCUCAAACUGAUCAGCGACAAUUCCAACACUGCCAAAGAAGUCGUUCAGAAUGUGUACGAUUUUAUUAGACAUCAUCCAAGUAAUUCUGACCCUGAAACUAACAACGAUGUUGCAGUGAAUUCGGAAGAUGAUCAGUUGACAGAUAUUGACAAUUUUCAAGUGCUUUACAAUAGUUAUGGUCAAGUGAAUCCCAACUACAAGAAGCAACAACAAAGUAACUAUACAAAUCCGACUUUUUCAUCAACUGUCAAUGUUGAUUUGCACCAAACAUCUACAUUGCUGACGGAAGCGGGUGAACCAAGUGUAAUAGACGAUAUUCUAAACCUCGAAACUGAAAGCAACAUUGAACAUAAUUUUGAAGUGUCGUCAGAUUUGUUUUUGGAAAAAAAUCUAUCAUCAAACUUGACUGAACUAGCCAAUUCCUCUCAUGUCACGACCGUGUCUUCGUCUAACGUCCUAGAGUCAGUCUACUUUGUCACCGAACCGCCGAUCGAAUACGUCAGUUUCGUUUCGGUGAUGAACAACAUCCUGUCGUAUUUCGGGUACACUGCAACUUCAUUCGUGUUUUGGAUAGACUGUUUUACUGGAGGUCUAUUUACUAUACUUGUUUCUGGGCUGCUUAUGUUGUACAACACGGUAGUGGCGAUGUACUCAAUGUAUUUCGACGUGCCGCUCACCAGGGGCUUUGACAUAGACGCUUUUUGGGACUUGAGUCGUCAAAACAGCCGGGAUUGCAGCCUCAGCAAUGCGCACCUCUACUCCAAAAAUUUCCUCUUCGGGGAAUAUCGAAAUCUCCUGAGGAACGCAGCGCGGUGGGAAUGACUGGGCGCAUCGCGAACCUACCUGAUGAAAAACAUGGGCUUGCGCCAAUUAUUUUGUAAUACAAAUUGCUUCUCUGUAUUUAACUUAUUGCUUAAAUGAACUUCAAAAUAAUUUGAUCAUACUGAAUUUUUGCGUAGACACAUUCGAAACGCAGAAUAAAAUAUCAAGGCGAAUACCAAUUAAUGCCUGAGAAUUUUUCAUUGGACAUCAAAGUAGAUUCGCGUGACAUUGAGGCGUUCUGCAGCAUUAAUUCAAUGAAUUUUCCAGGUUAAUAUUUUUAUAAAAAUAAAAAUUUAAAUAAAGACAGUAUGAUGGCCCAUUGCUCUGUUCGGCGAGAAAAUCGUUCCUUUUUUUUCUCUCUCUGAUUCCGGAGUUGGUUUACGAUUACGACUCUCGCCGGAUCAGCCUAGCCGGACUCGACUCAGCCUCGGGCUACUCCUGCCGAGCUUUCACUUGUGGCUUGGGGGCAAUGAUGCCCCAAAUUCCACUCUGUCUCUUGUUUAUGUAAUAUGGCCUUCAAUUUUUUUUGCCGGGACUACAAGGAAAAAUCCUAUAGCCGAUCUAGGAAAAUUGUUGUACUCCACAAUUUUUCAUUGUAAAUUCAGUUGUUGAAUUGGCUUACUUUGGCUCAGAACUUCUUUUUUAAAUAAAGAAAAAUUGUCAAUAUAUGUAAACAGUUUCAAUACCUCGUUCACAGAUACAAUUUUUCGACGAAACUCGAGGCUGCUUCUUGCAUUUGUAAAAUUAUGCGUCUGGCAUCAUUGGGGUUAGGAAUACAUCAAUAAUAACAUAUAGUGUCACGUAGAGUGACGUAUAGUGUCGCGUAUAUUGGUACGGAUAGUGACGUAUAAUUUUACGUAUGGUGUUAUGGAUAGUGACGUAGAGUUUUACGUAUAGUGACGUAUAGUUUUAAGUAUAGUGCCGUACAGCUUUACGUAUAGUGCUGUACAGCUUCACGUAUAGUGUCACUUGACGUAUAUAGUGACGUAUAGUUUUAAGUAUAGUGCCGUACAGCUUUACGUAUAGUGUCACGUAUAGUGUCGCGUAUAGUGUCGUAUGACGUUGCGUAUUGUGCUUGUGAUGAUGUAGAAUGCUACUUAUAGUGUUACGUAUUGUGAAGUAUAAUGACGUAUAAAGUUACGUACAAUACUACGAGCCUCUGGCCCACUAGAUGCUCGCUAUUUAAUUGAGUAGGUGUUGGAUAAAUUAUUUUGCAGUAAUAAAUGUAUUGAUAAAAAUUGUAUUAAAAAUAAUAAAUUUCUUAAGCUGUUUAUUAAUUUACUAAUCGAAAAGCUGUUUUCGAUUAAUUGUAGAAGCUGGCUUAUUAAUUUUCAUGUACUUAAAUUCACAAUAAAAGACCAGUUUGGCGUUCGCGCCCAGUAGACUUUUUUGUGAUUUUAUUAUAUCAAGUGCCUUAUGGUUUAUGAAGUUUGUUUGGCAGAACAAAUUUCAGAGCGUAAAGGCUUUAAACGUAACACCAAACUUUGCAAUGUUUUGAUGUCAAAUCCUGAUUCGAAAAAGCUUUGUUAUUUAUCUAUGUCUCAAUAAAUAAACGUGUGUCCUUAAUUAAUUUGUUUGAACUAUUCAAACUUCUAUCUUCCAACAUGCGACUUUCCAACUUCUGAAAUUCUAUUAAAUAAAAUGUUAAAUCUCAGCUUAUAAAGAUUUUGUGCAGGAUUUAUUCAAUUUUCGUUAUUGGAGGUCACUAAAAACGAACGAACGAUUCGUGAAUCCCUUCACUCUUAGUGAAUGUAUCAAUGAAUGCAUCGACGACGACAUAGACUUUGCAAAUUUUCAAGCGUAUCGUAUUUUUUCUAGCGUGGCUCGGAAUUUUUUUCCUCUUUCUCAGCCUUUCGAGCAGCUGAUGUAAGGCGAUGCUUUCUGUCAGGGACGUUCAUUGAGCGAUCUAUCCGAAAGUUGCUGUCACUGCUCAACAUUGUUCCAUGUUCGGUGAAAGUUUCUGGGUUUUUAAUAUAAAUCUAUUUCCCUCCAUCCCGCGCCAUGUGAAAAUUAUAUUAAUUUAGCUUAGGAUUUUGCACUGCCCUCUUUUAACUUUGUUCGAUGUCCUGCUUCAUAUUUAAGUACAUACUCAAAUAUUCAUAAAUUAAAAACUUUAUUUCACUACUCCAAUCUAAUCGUCGUAAUUCUCCAGUCGUAAUCUGGCCACCGACAAAACAACGUUCAAUUGAAAUUUAUAUAAAUGUUAAGGAUAUUUAUCAAAGUGCCU